AUGAAUGGGACAAGCGUGGAGAAAAGCAUUGCUGCUCUCACGCUAAUUGACGACACCAAUGGCCACCCCCCUCCAGAAGACAGGCUGAUCGUUGGCGUGGACUUUGGCACGACGUACAGCGGUGUUGCUGCUGUGUACAGUGCAACUCCAGACGAUGUCGACAUCAUCAAGACCUGGCCUGGAGGCAAUGGCAUCACGUCCGACAAGGUCCCCACAGAGAUCUCCUACGACGUGAACGCAGCUGCCCCAACGCCAGAUGGAUCUUCCGACCACAAUGUCAAUGGCACAGUGCAAACAACUGUUCGAUGGGGAUUCCAGUUCAAACCCGAAGAGACUCGGCUACGCUGCAUCAAGCUCUUCCUCGAUCGAAACCAGAAACUCCCACACUUCGUCAGCCCCCUCGAGACGGCGGCUCAAUUGCGAACAUGCGGUCGCACGGUGAUGGAUGCGGUCACGGACUACUUGACGAAGAUAUACGAGCACACGAUGGAGACCAUGACGAGACGAUACGGCGAAGGGUUCAUGAGGACAACGAAAGUGGACUUUGUUCUGACUGUGCCCGCGGUGUGGUCGGACGCAGCUAAGAAUGCAACGUUGCAGGCCGCAGAAAGAGCAGGGAUGGGUAAUAGACAUAAGCUGAAGUUGAUCAGCGAGCCGGAAGCUGCAGCGGUCUACACGCUGAAGACAAUACAGCCCAGUGGACUGAAAGAGGGAGACAACUUUGUGGUUUGUGAUGCUGGCGGAGGGACAGUGGAUUUGAUCGCAUAUAAGGUCACCCAGGUCUAUCCUCUGCGAGUGGAAGAGAGUGCGGUCGGUACAGGAGGGCUUUGUGGGUCUGCGUUCUUGAACUACCGAUUCGAAGACCAUGUCAGGCAGCGGAUAGGUCAAGAGCGGUACAUUCAAAUGCGAGAGAAGAAGCCAAAAACAUGGAUGAUGGGCUUGAAGUACUUCGAGGAGUUCGUGAAGCGAAACUUCAACGAAGAGGAGCAUUCAGAGGUCAACGUCCCGUUUCCUGGCUUGCCAGAUGACGAAGAGGCAGGGUUGGACAGUGGAUUCCUGGUCAUGACCUCUGAGCAGGUGAAAGACAUCUUUGAACCCAUCAUCAACGAAGUCAUGGCUUUGGUUGAUGGACAGGUGGAAGGAAUUCGGGACAGAGGCGGCAACGUCUCCGGAAUCAUUCUUGUGGGCGGUUUUGGUCAGUCGAACUACCUCUACACGCGACUGAAACAGCAUUUCAACGCGGCACCUCCGCCUCAGUACACCGAAACGCCGACGCAUGAAGCCGCCCUAGCGCCCCAGCAGAGUGUUGAAGUGCUGCAGCCUUUGCAUGCUUGGACGGCAGUUGUGCGAGGGGCGGUCAUAAGGGGUGUAGAAGGCAGCUUGGUUGAGAAGCGGCGAAGUCGAUGGCAUUAUGGGACGAGCUACGCAACCGUUUGGGACGAAACAAAGCAUCCAGUGGGCGACCGAUACUGGAGUCCUUUGUGGGAACGAUGGAUGGUUGCCGAUCGAAUGCAAUGGCACGUCACCAAGGGCACUCCCAUCUCCGCCGACCAGCCAAUAUCUUUCCACUACACACGCAACUUCCGUCCUGGCCAGUCUCUGAUAGUGGAAGAUGACUUGAUCGCCUGCGAUGACGAUGAAGCCCCAGAUUCUUGGAAGAGUAACCUCUUCAAAGUAUGCACAUUGACGACGGAUCUGAAUGCCGUGCCGAAAGGACUCUUCUCGCGCUUGACGACCACGAAGAACAUCGAAUUUGACAAUCUCGAUUUCGAGCUGCACAUGAAGAUCGAGAGUGCGAAUCUCGUGUUCGAGUUGCGUGUGGAUGGACUUCCCUACGGCAAAGUACAAGCGGACUUCAAUUAG